ACAAGAAAUCGUUUCUUCGUCCAAAGACCAAAAGAUAUCCAAGCUGGACUCGUUUUAUCCCCAAAAAUGUAUAUUAAACAAAUAAUUAUCGACGGUUUUAAGUCCUAUGCACAGAGAACGACUAUUUCAGGGUUUGAUCCAUUGUUCAACGCCAUUACAGGACUAAACGGCAGUGGAAAAUCAAAUAUUUUAGAUUCGAUUUGCUUUCUUCUGGGAAUCUCAAACCUUUCUCAGGUCAGAGCAGGCAGUCUACAAGAGCUUGUUUACAAGGGAGGACAGGCUGGAGUAACAAAAGCAACUGUUACCAUCGCCUUUGAUAAUACUGACAAGAAACAGAGUCCACUGGGAUAUGAAACAUUUGAUGAAAUAACAGUAUCCAGACAGGUCGUCAUUGGAGGUAGAAAUAAAUACCUUAUCAAUGGGUGUAAUGCUAAUAACACUCGUGUACAGGAUUUGUUCCGUUCAGUUCAGCUUAACAUCAACAACCCACAUUUUCUUAUCAUGCAGGGUCGUAUAACAAAAGUACUGAAUAUGAAGCCACCCGAGAUUCUGUCAAUGAUAGAAGAAGCUGCUGGUACUCGUAUGUAUGAGAGCAAGAAGCAGUCAGCCAUGAGAACCAUUGAGAAGAAAGACAGUAAACUACAAGAGAUCGAAACAAUAUUGAAUGAAGAAAUUACCCCUACUCUCAAGAAGCUCAAAGAGGAAAGAGCCUCAUACCUUGAAUAUCAGAAGGUUAUGCGAGAAUUGGAGCAUUUUACAAGACUCUACGUUGCACAUCAAUUUGUCAUGGCUGAGAAAAUGCAAGCCACUUCAGCAACAGAGCUAGAAAGCAUGAAAGAUGGAAUAAGGAAACUGCAGGAAAAGAUGGUUGAGGAAUCAGGAGAAAUCAUGAAGCAGCUGGAAGUUAAAUUUGAGGAGGUUUCAAAGGCUGAUGUCAAAGCCAAUUCAGACUGGAAACAUGCAAAAGAGUCCUUGACUGCAGAGARGAGAAAGAAGAAAAACAUGGAGAAAAGCCACAAUGAUGACCAGCAACAACUGAAAUCCAAAGGAAAAGAACUGCAAAAGUUAACAGACUCCCUAGCCAAGCUUGAAGACAAGAGCAAGAAAGACUCAGAUGCAGUGCAGGCUGCACAGGAUCAUUUCCAUGCUGUAUCUGCUGGUCUGUCCAGUAAUGAUGACGGAGAAGAAAAAACCCUGGCUGAUCAGAUAAUGACCAGUAAGAAAGACAUCAGUGCUGCAGAAACAGAGUCAAAACAGGCACAAAUGAAAAUAAAGCACUGUCAAGCAGAACUCAAGAAAAAGAAAUCGGAAUUAAAAGCCACAGAACAAGAAUAUGAGAAAGACAAGAAGGCCUUUGACACCAUUGAAAAGAGUAAAUCAAAGCUAGAGACUGAACUCAAUAAACUUAAUUAUGAAGAUGGAAAAGAAGAAAAGUUGGUAGCUCAAAAACGAAAACUGGAAUCUGAAGUUUCAAACCUGAGGACUAAAGUGGAAACUCUUGAAGCAAAAUUUCCUAACCUGCAGUUUGAGUACAAAGAUCCAGAACCAAAAUUUGACAGAAAGAAGGUCAAGGGUCUAGUAGCACAGUUAAUCAAAGUUAAAGAUGUAAAGAAUGCAACAAGCCUAGAAGUAGCAGCAGGUGGAAGGCUGUACAAUGUUGUAGUAGACUCAGAAACAACAGGAAAAAAACUGCUUCAGAAUGGACAGUUGAAGAGACGAUACACUAUCAUACCAUUGAACAAGAUCUCUCACAAGACACUGCCUAAUGAGGUGGUUAGCAAGGCUCAGGAUUUGGUUGGUAAAGACAGUGUCAACUCGGCUCUUUCUUUGGUGGGUUAUGAGAGUGAAGUCAAGGCAGCCAUUGCUUAUGUCUUUGGUUCUACAUUAGUGUGCGACACCAUAGAUCAUGCUAAAAAGGUAACAUUUGACCCUAAAGUAAAGACAAGAACCGUCACUCUUGAUGGGGAUGUAUUUGAUCCUGCAGGAACCUUGACUGGAGGUAUGUUCAAUCUGUACAAUGUUGUAGUAGACUCAGAAACAACAGGAAAAAAACUGCUUCAGAAUGGACAGUUGAAGAGACGAUACACUAUCAUACCAUUGAACAAGAUCUCUCACAAGACACUGCCUAAUGAGGUGGUUAGCAGGGCUCAGGAUUUGGUUGGUAAAGACAGUGUCAACUCGGCUCUUUCUUUGGUGGGUUAUGAGAGUGAAGUCAAGGCAGCCAUUGCUUAUGUCUUUGGUUCUACAUUAGUGUGCGACACCAUAGAUCAUGCUAAAAAGGUAACAUUUGACCCUAAAGUAAAGACAAGAACCGUCACUCUUGAUGGGGAUGUAUUUGAUCCUGCAGGAACCUUGACUGGAGGUGCCAGAUCUUCCUCUGUUUCCAUCCUUGCCAAGCUUGAAGAGCUCAAAGAAGCACAAGACRAGCUGAAGGAGAAAUCCAAUGAACUAGAGAAAGUAGUCAAGGAACUAAACAACUGUAAAAGUGUGGCUGACAAGUACCAACAGCUGAAGCAACAGUAUGACUUAAAGGUUCAUGAAGCAGAACUAGCACAGACAAGAAUGAARCAAAGCACCCACCACCAUCAACUAGAGGAGAUCAAAGCCUUGGAGAACUCUAUUGAGGAACAGCAACAAAUCAUAUCCAAAGGUAAAGAAACUAUUGCUGCAGCUACAGCAAAGUGCAAAGACAUUGAAGAGAAGAUGAAGGAAGCAAAGACAUACAGAGAAAAAGAACUCAAGAAAGCAGAGGAAGACUUGAACAAGGCCAAGAAGAAAGCAGAGCAGUCAAUCAAAGAAACUAAGACCAAACAACAGGAAGUUGACGGACUAAAACUCGAAAUGGAUGAAAUGSUCAAAGAAUCUUCAAAUGCAGAGGAACAGAUGAAGAAAAUCGAUGAAGGCAUAAUGAAGAUUGAAGAACAAGUAGCAAGUCUUGAGGAGAAUGUCAAACAGACCAAGAAAGCUGUCCAAGAUGCUGAAGAAGAGCUGAAUAAACAAAAAGAGACACUCAAGACUUACAACAAGGCUAUAAGUGAGAAAGUGUCAGCCCAGAGAGACCUCCAGGCAGGGAGUUCUAAAGCACAACUAGAACUSAAAGAGUUGGACCACAAGCUCGUGAAAUUUCAGAAAGAAAGCAAAGAAGCUGCACACAAGGUKGAGAGCAUGUUAGCCAAGUAUGAAUGGAUCUCCAGCGAACGUCAGUUCUUUGGACAACCCAACACKUUCUAUGACUUUGCUGCCAAUGACAUGAAGGAUGUUGGCAAACACUUGGCCAAGCUACAAGAAACUAAGGACAAGCUGGGCAAGAACGUGAAUAUGAGAGCUAUGAACAUGCUGGAAAAAGCAGAAGAAAAGUAUAAUGACUUGAUGAAGAAGAAAAGAAUCGUGUUGAACGACAAAGACAAGAUCGCAGCGGUCAUUCAAGAACUCGACGAGAAAAAGAACGAGGCUUUGCGAAAUGCCUGGGUUAAAGUCAACAAGGAUUUUGGUUCGAUAUUYUCCACCCUACUCCCCGGUGCUACGGCUAAACUCGCUCCACCCGAGGGUCAGACUGAACUGGACGGUCUAGAGGUCAAGGUCGGGUUUGGGACAGUAUGGAAAGAAAGCUUGAAUGAACUCAGUGGAGGACAAAGAUCACUGGUCGCUCUUUCUCUCAUUCUCUCCCUUCUACUUUUCAAACCCGCACCACUGUACAUCCUAGAUGAGGUAGACGCAGCCCUCGAUCUCUCACACACCCAGAACAUCGGUCAAAUGGUGAAAUCCCACUUCAAACAUUCACAGUUCAUCGUAGUCUCACUCAAAGACGGUAUGUUCAACAAUGCCAACGUUCUCUUCAAGACCAAGUUCGUCGAUGGCGUCUCCACAGUGACUCGCUACGCGCAGAAUCCAUCAAGCCGUGGAGGUGACCAUACAACGGGCAAAACCACAGCCAAGAAGGGUCAAGAAAGAUCUAAGAGAGUUAGGAUAGAUACGACGACACAACCGCUGACCACCACUCAAUCUUUAACGUCUUCCUAGAUCUACUUCUUAGCGACCCUAUACAAAGAUCUAUAAUUUCUUAAAAUAUAGCAGGGUUUGUGUUGGUUAAGUUCUUGGGUUGCAAAACAGUAGGAAAUGAGACGUGGCAGCCAUGUUGGAAGAUACCUCCGAUCCAAUAUGUCGACUAUGAUGUCAUAUCAGGAGUGUGCGAUCGAGUUCUUUGGGCUCGUGAUCAACAAUGUCUCAGUUAUUU